AUGGGACAAACUGUCGCUACGCCCCUGAGCCUCACUCUUGACCACUGGUCGGACGUAAAAGGCCGUGGCAACAAUGAAGGAGUCAUCAUCAAAAAGAAUAAAUGGACCACCCUCUGCGAGGCCGAAUGGGCUCUCAAGCCUUCCGUCCUCCCCCCCGACCCCGACUCUCCCCUCAUUGACCUCCUAACAGCUGAGCCGCCGCCUUAUCGCGCGGCACCAGCCGCGCCAGCCGCGGGACCGGAAACAGGGACGCCGGCCAUCGGAGGGGCAGCAGCCCCUGAGAGGAUGGCAACUAGCAGGAACACAGGGGGGACCCCGGCUCCCUCACCCAUCGCCGGUCGCCUUCGGGUCCGCCGGGAUGACACCCCCCUGGAAUCCAAGGUGGCGUUAACCAACUUGAUUGAGUCUAUCCUAGUGACCCAUCGGCCAACCUGGGAUGACUGCCAACAGCUUUUGCAGACCCUCCUGACUGUGGAGGAGAAGCAGCGGGUGUUCCUGGAAGCACGGAAGCUGGUCCCUGGCGAAGAUGGGAGACCUACCCAGCUCCCCAAUCUCAUUGACAUAGCUUUUCCCCUCACGCGCCCAAAUUGGGAUUAUACCACCGAUGAAGGUAGGGGACACCUACGUCUCUAUCGCCAGUUGCUCUUAGCGGGUCUCCGUGCCGCUGCCAGGCGGCCCACUAAUUUGGCCCAGGUAAGAAGCACCAUCCAGGGAAAGGAGGAGACUCCAGCCGCAUUCUUAGAAAGGCUAAAAGAGGCUUAUAGAAUGUACACCCCCUAUGAUCCAGAGGACCCAGGGCAGGCACCAGGAGUUAUCCUGUCAUUUAUCUACCAGUCGAGCCCAGAUAUCAGGACUAAGUUACAGAGGUUAGAAGGACUGUCGACAUUGAAUCUUUCGGAUCUGUUGAGGGAGGCAGAGAAAGUAUUUAACAAGAGGGAGACUCCGGAGGAAAGGGAGGAAAGGAUAUGGCAGAAACAGGAUGAGAGGGACAAGAGACGACACAAGGAGAUCAAGACACUGGCCGCCGUAGUGUUGCAGGGCCAAGGCAGAGAGGGAGUUAGGAUGGGAGAACGAAGGCGACCCCCCUUGGAGAAGGACCAAUGUGCAUACUGCAAGGGAAAAGGACAUUGGGCUCGGGAGUGCCCACAGAGACCACAGGGACCCCGACGACCCAGACCCAAGGCUGUGGACCUCCUUAAUCUGGAAGACUAGGGGGGUCCAGGCCAGGAGCCCCCCCCUGAGCCUCGGAUAACCCUCAAGAUCGGGGGGCAACCCGUAACCUUCCUAGUUGAUACGGGGGCCCAACAUUCGGUCCUAACCCACACUGGAGGCCCCCUCAGUGACCGUUCCGCUUUGGUCCAGGGGGCCACCGGUAGUAGGAGAUACCGGUGGACGACUGAAAGAAAAGUCCAGUUGGCGUCGGGGCAAGUAACCCAUUCCUUCCUACAUAUACCCGACUGCCCUCACCCGUUGCUGGGCCGGGACCUACUGACCAAAUUAAAAGCACAAAUUUACUUUGAUGAAAGAGGACCCACGGUCACGGGGCCUGGGGGAACCCCUUUGCAAGUCCUCGCCCUAAAUCUGGAAGAAGAAUACCGCCUUUUUGAGCCUGAGCCCCCGGAAGAACCACCGGGUGAGAUGCAGGACUGGCUAGACAGGUUUCCACAGGCAUGGGCAGAAACAGGAGGCUUGGGGCUCGCGCACGACCAGCCGCCCCUUGUCAUUUCAUUGAAGGCCUCCGCAACUCCAAUCUCAAUCAGACAGUACCCCAUGUCUCGGGAAGCGCAGGAGGGGAUUAAACCCCACAUCCGGCGGCUAAUAGACCAGGGAGUGCUCAAACCCUGCCGAUCUCCCUGGAAUACUCCCCUCUUACCCGUCAAGAAACCAGGUACGGGGGAAUUCAGACCGGUCCAGGACUUAAGGGAGGUCAAUAAGCGGGUGGAGGACAUACACCCCACAGUACCUAACCCCUACAACCUCCUCAGCACCCUCCCACCGACCCAUACUUGGUAUACGGUGCUGGAUCUAAAAGAUGCUUUCUUUUGCUUGAGACUGCAUCCUCAGAGUCAGCUACUGUUUGCUUUUGAAUGGAGGGACCCAGAAAUCGGACUUUCAGGACAGCUGACCUGGACCCGGCUCCCCCAAGGGUUCAAGAAUAGCCCAACACUCUUUGAUGAGGCCCUCCAUGCAGAUCUAGCCGGAUUCCGGGUAGAACACCCAACCUUGACUCUGCUCCAGUACGUAGAUGACCUCCUCUUGGCCGCCAGGAGCCGGACCGAAUGCUUGGAAGGAACUCAGGCUCUGCUGACCAGGCUUGGGGAAAAGGGCUACAGGGCCUCGGCCAAAAAGGCCCAGAUAUGCCAGAACAAAGUUAUCUAUCUGGGCUACACCCUGGAGGGAGGGCGAAGAUGGCUGACCGAAGCCAGAAAAGAGGCGAUAGUCUCAAUCCCCCCUCCCAAGGGCCCUCGGCAGGUCAGAGAAUUUUUGGGCACGGCCGGCUACUGCCGCCUCUGGAUUCCUGGGUUUGCUGAACUGGCUGCCCCCCUGUAUCCUCUCACUAAGCCGGGAAUUAUGUUCCGAUGGGAGGAAGAACAUCAACAGGCCUUCCAACAAAUUAAAAGAGCAUUGCUCGAGUCACCAGCCCUGGGCCUACCAGAUCUAACCAAGCCCUUUGAACUAUUUGUGGAUGAGAACUCAGGCUUUGCUAAAGGGGUAUUAGUGCAAAAACUGGGGCCCUGGAGGAGGCCGGUGGCCUAUCUAUCCAAGAAAUUGGACCCGGUAGCCACUGGAUGGCCCCCUUGCUUACGCAUGGUAGCCGCUAUUGCAGUCCUGCUCAAGGAUGCGGGUAAACUGACUCUGGGUCAGCCAAUGACUGUGCUAUCCUCCCAUGCGGUGGAAGCCUUAGUCCGGCAGCCCCCAGACAGAUGGCUCUCCAAUUCCAGAAUGACUCAUUAUCAGGCCUUACUGCUGGACACCGACCGAGUGACCUUCGGCCCCACAGUUUCCCUCAAUCCGGCCACCCUACUACCCCUGCCUACCUCCUCGGGGGAGCAUGAUUGCCUCCAGAUCCUGGCAGAAGCGCACGGCACCCGUCCAGACCUGACCGAUCAACCAUUGAAGGACUCAGACUAUGUCUGGUUCACGGACGGGAGCAGCUUCCUCGAGGAAGGGAUGAGAAGAGCAGGAGCAGCUGUCACCACUGAGUCUGAGGUGGUCUGGGCCUCGCCGUUGCCGGCUGGAACAUCGGCCCAGAAAGCGGAGCUGAUUGCACUCGCCCAGGCCCUCCGGAUGGCGGAAGGUAAGAGACUCACAGUCUAUACUGACAGCAGAUAUGCCUUCGCCACUGCCCAUGUGCAUGGAGAAAUCUACAGACGGAGGGGCCUCCUGACUUCAGAAGGUAAAGAAGUCAAAAAUAAAAAAGAGAUUCUGGACCUCCUACAAGCACUAUUCCUCCCACGGCAGCUCAGUAUAAUGCACUGUCCAGGGCACCAGAAGGGGAACACAGCAGUGGCUCGGGGAAACAGGCUGGCUGACCUAACCGCCCGAGCCGCAGCCUCCCAACCACCCAAUCGGGGACUCCGUCUGGGUUCGGCGACAUCAGACCAAAAAUUUGGAACCACGGUGGAAGGGACCAUACACCGUCCUGCUGACCACACCACUGCUCUCAAGGUCGACGGGAUUGCUGCCUGGUCCACGCCUCCCACCGUGAAGGGCUGCUAA